CGUGGGCGGGGCUCUGGUAAGCGGGUGGUGUCUGGGGCUCUCCGGCUCCUGGACUCCGCUGGCGGUAUAGCCGAGGCUUACGGAGCCGCUGGGCCUGGCAGGUUUAGCCCUCCCCCUCAUCUGAUGGUCGAUCCUGACUCGCCAAGUGACUGACCAUCACAACCAUUGCAACCGUCCGUUUCUCAGGUCACAUACCAGGGGCUGAGAUGGACCUAGUUCUCAGUGCUGCCGACUACUACUUCUUCACGCCGUAUGUAUAUCCAGCCACGUGGCCCGAGGACAACAUUAUCCGACAGACUGUUAGUCUCCUGAUUGUCACAAACCUGGGUGCUUACAUCCUCUACUUCUUCUGUGCAACCCUCAGCUAUUAUUUUGUCUACGAUCAUUCAUUAAUGAAACACCCGCAGUUUUUAAAGAAUCAGGUCUCUCGAGAGAUUAUGUUCACCGUCAAGUCUUUACCUUGGAUCAGCAUUCCCACGGUCUCGUUGUUCCUGCUGGAGCUGAGAGGUUACAGCAAACUCUAUGACGACAUAGGAGACUUUCCAAAUGGCUGGAUUCAUCUCGUCAUCAGCGUGAUAUCCUUCCUCUUCUUCACGGACAUGUUGAUCUACUGGAUUCAUAGGGGUCUGCACCACAGACUGUUCUACAAGCACAUACAUAAACCUCAUCAUAUCUGGAAGAUCCCCACGCCGUUUGCAAGUCAUGCUUUUCACCCUGUGGACGGCUUCCUUCAGAGUCUGCCUUACCAUAUAUACCCCUUUGUCUUUCCACUGCACAAGGUGGUCUACUUAGGUUUAUAUGUCUUGGUAAAUGUCUGGACAAUUUCCAUUCAUGAUGGUGAUUUUCGGGUUCCCCAGAUCUUAAGGCCAUUUAUUAACGGGUCAGCUCAUCACACAGACCACCAUAUGUUCUUUGACUAUAACUAUGGACAGUAUUUCACAUUGUGGGAUAGAAUUGGAGGCUCUUUUAAACAUCCUUCCUCUUUUGAAGGGAAAGGACCGCAUAGUUAUGUGAAGAACAUGACAGAAAAAGACUCCAACAGCCUUGCAGAAAACGGCUGUCAAAGCAAAAAAUUAUGCAAUGUAGAGUUCACAAAGAACAAGUAGAUUAUUUCCCAAAUUAUUAACUAUUUUAAAUAAGAAAAUAAUCUACACACAGUCAAGAUACGUAGCAAAUAAGUGGUGUCAUCUGAAUGUCAGCAUUGCCUGAGUGUCGUGCUGAGGAGUGGUCCUGACGGUAAACAGCAGGAAGGAAGAUACUGGGAGCAUCGUAAUCUCUUGGUUAAUUGUCCGACACUGGUCCAGGGACAACUUGUGUCUUUCCAGCCAGCUGAUCUGCAGCCUGUACAGUCCCGACAACAUCUUUAAAUACGAUAGAAAAUACGCUGCUGAAGAGGCUGGUCUGUGUCCUUUUGCCUUAACCCACUCAUAUUCAUUAAGGAAACCAAUAUCCCUUACACUUAACAAUACUGAGACUAGCCAGGAAACCCUAACGUGAAGAUGCUCUUGUUCCGGAGCGGCUGCCUCUGCAGCAGUGCUGGGGACUUGCAGGACUUCAUUCAGAUAGGAAUAUCAGUCCAAACAGGCCGAUACAUGAGUGGCAAUGUAUAUGACUUACUUAAUGGCUGAUAUAAUAAGAUUAUAUUUUCUUCCUAUACGUAGGCAUCUUACUCUCUGGGGCAUUAUCAGAUAUUAAUGAUGAAUAAAUAAAUGGUAAUUUUUUAAAAUGUCAA